UUAUGUAAGUAUUUCUGAAGGUAUUGAAAUUAGCUGAAAAUUUUGCAUUUUGUUUUCAGUUGAAGGUUGACAUAUAAAAUACAGGUGUGUUCAUUAGAAAAAUAAAAUGUACUUCUUACAUAUAUUCCAGUAUUCUUACAUGCAUUCCAAUUAGGAACAGGCCAAGGAUAACAAAAGUGACACCAGCAGGUAACAGCUUGUUUCUCAGUUGAAGACAACUUGUGAGAAAUCUGAUUGUGUACUUUAAGCCUUUCCAAAUCCGAAGUUCUGUCACUGCCUAGAAUUGGACAUAGGAAGCCCAUCAUACAUGAAUUGUUGGAAACUACUGAGAAGCUAUACACCAAUUGUUUGUCACAGAAUGGAGGUUAUAGGGUGCAAUUUUGUAUUCCUAAGAAAAUCUCUGUGCACACUUUGUAAAGUGCCUUUUUUUUUUUUUUUAAUAAUGUGGUGGUGGUGGUUCAGUAACAGCAGCUGGCAGGACAGUAAGGAAAAUGCCAUAGAAACCUUUCCACCAUUCCUCUCAGAAGUUCUGAUUCUUCCCAAUAUUUUAGGUUAUAAAUCUGAAACAAUGGGUGACUGGAGCUUUCUGGGGAGACUGUUAGAGAAUGCUCAGGAGCACUCCACAGUUAUUGGCAAGGUUUGGCUGACAGUACUGUUUAUCUUCAGGAUACUGGUGCUGGGGGCUGCUGCUGAGGAGGUCUGGGGAGAUGAGCAGUCAGACUUUACAUGCAACACUCAGCAACCUGGUUGCGAAAACGUUUGCUAUGACAAAGCCUUCCCCAUUUCUCACAUCCGCUUCUGGGUGCUGCAGAUCAUUUUUGUGUCCACUCCAACCCUCAUCUACCUGGGCCAUGUGCUGCACAUUGUACGAAUGGAGGAGAAGAGGAAAGAGAAAGAAGAGCUAAAAAAGAAGGGAAGCAUCAAAGACAGCAGCUACCCAGGAGCAGCAGUGUCUGGCAGUGGUGGUGGAGGAGGCAGCAAUAGCUUCAAGGAUCCUCUUGGUAAAAGAGGAAAAGAGAAGCUCCCGAUUCGUGAUGAACGUGGUAGAAUCCGUAUGGGGGGUGCCCUGCUCCGUACCUAUGUCUUCAACAUCGUUUUCAAGACACUGUUUGAGGUGGGAUUCAUUGUGGGUCAGUACUUCCUAUAUGGCUUUGAGCUAAAGCCGGUUUAUCAGUGCAGCCGCUCACCUUGCCCACACACUGUGGACUGCUUCAUCUCAAGACCCACUGAGAAGACCAUCUUCAUCAUCUUCAUGUUAGUGGUGGCCUCUGUCUCCCUGUUGCUGAACAUGCUUGAGAUAUAUCACUUGGGGUGGAAGAAGCUUAAGCAGGGCAUGACAAGCCGGUACAGCCUUGAGAUGCCUGUUGCAACAAUGACACCAGUCAUGGUAACAGGGGAGCCCAAACCUGUUGCCCUGCCACCCCCAGCACCACCCGUGGUGGUAACGACUGUCGUGCCCACCCCUGUUCUGCCUGACACCCGCGCUGUCACACCGUUGCUGGCCCCAGUGACCAUGGCACCAUACUACGCUGCAGCUGCUCCAAGACCACGGCCCCCCUCCAACACGACCUCUGUGGCCAGCUACCCUGUUGCUCCACCAGUUCUUGAGGAGAGGCACCGUGCUGUGACCCCCACACCCAUCUCUACUCCAAUCACCAUCCCGACCCCCAUCCCCACACCGACACCAGCCGUCAUCAACUACUUUAACAGCAACAGCCAUGCCAUGGUGGCCGAGCAGAAUUUGAUCAACAUGGCAGCUGAGCAGCAGCAGAAGGCACCCUCCAGCUCCACAGGAUCCUCUACCCCCAGCAGUGUCCGGCAUCCUCUUCCCGAGCAGGAAGAGCCAAUGGAGCAGCUACUCCCACCCCCAGUGGGGCUGCCCAUUGCUGCAGUCAACAGUGGCAGCAGCACCAGCCUGAGUGGGGCAAGUGGCAGCAAGUGGGAUGUGGAGGGUGAGGAGGAGGUGCCAGAAGAACGGCCUGUCUUGCCUGCCUGCACCACUGUGGAGAUGCAUGAGCCACCGCUGCUCGUAGACACACGGCGCUUGAGCAGGGCCAGUAAGUCGAGCAGCUGCAGAGCCAGGUCAGAUGACCUGGCAGUGUAGUGUGGUCGCCUCUGCUCCGAGGAGCGGGUGGUGGAAGGCAGAGAGGGCAGGGGAGCUGCUCGGGGCAGCCAGGCCUUGCAUGGUGGGAUGGCCUGGGCUUCAAACUUUGACGCUUGCUGUUUUUGCACUCUGUGAGUUGUAGUGGGAAAAAGUACCAACAUUUUCUAAUAGGUCAGGGGUGACCGAAGCACAGCUCAUGGGCCAGGGGACCAAUCAUGCUUCCCUUCACAUGUCUAUGGCAGAUCUCCCAAAGGCAACUGUAGGGAAGGCCUGCACAGAUAAGAGGUGGUGAUGGUUGCUGGUCAUGUGUUCAGAGGCUGAACUUCAUCUGAGAAAAAUGUUAAUACCCCAGUGCCCACGUGGCUGCCUGUCAUCUCCCUCUUGCCCUUGCCUUCACUUCCACCCUUCUUCACAUAAGCUCUACACGAGCAGAUGCAAUGACUUACUUUCUUCCCCUUAAAUCUUGCAUAGCCCUGUGGCAAACAUCAGGGUGGCAUUGCCAGUUGGCACCUGUCACCUCAAAGGACCAACUUGCCAUAUUAAAGGGGACUCAGUCUCUUCCACAUAACAUGACUUAAUGAAGCCUUUGUGCUCAUGGCAAAUCGCCAGUGUGGUCCUUGGCCAGGCAGAGUUUAGGUAACCCCUGUAAUAGAUUUUUGAGAUUCAUCUUUCUAUAAUUUUUUCUACUCGACCUGUUAGGAAUUGUUCAGUUUGACCUUCUAGUCAGUGUUUGCCGACCAUGAUCACACCAUGUUUUUAAGCCUACACAUAUGUUUGAACAUGUUUGAUUAUAAUUUUAGAUGACUUCUGAAAUUGCUUAGAGGAGGACAGGAAUUUAAACCACACCUCAGAAAUUAUUACACAGAACAAUUUCUCUUCAGAAAGCAAGGAUUAUGAUUUCAAUACACUGUGACCCUAUACAUUGCCCAUGGACAGACAAUAGGAUAAAGUACAGCUCUGCAUUUUAGACUAUUAGGUAUCAGCUUAAGUUUGUUGGGAAAAUGCUUUUUAGAUGUAAACUUGAGUGCAUAUUUUUAAGUAUUUGAAUAUUUUGAGAAUUGAUUUUGAUCUGUAGGUUUAAAAUUACUAGACUGUGUAAUUAAUCAUUUUAGUUUGAUCUUACAAGAAAACGUAAGUGGAAAGACCCUUAUUAAUGGUAAAAUUCCCAAAGCAACAUUAUUUCCUGUUGUGUCCUACCCUUUCCUUUAACUACAGUCUGUUGUGUCUUGUAGGUCAGUGAAAAAAGAUUUAGACAAUAUUGUAUUGCAGAAAAGGUGGCUAAAAUAUCUGUACCACAUGCUAGUGGCUGAUGGGUCUGUUCUGAUCAAACUGAAGUCACUUGCAGGAUUUCCAUUCAAUUUAACAAGGAGCAAGAUUUGGGGAUGGAUCUUGCAGGCCUUAUUCAAGCAAAACUAACAUUCCCAUAGAGUCUUGGGAGCCAGAAAGAAUGUAGAUUUGGGGCCUUAGAUAAAGACAUUAAAAUCCUGCUUUUGAAAAUUAUGUUUCCCUUGAAAAAUGGGUGGAGGAAACUACUGAUAUCUUUUUCUAAAGUGCAGCUUUCCUUACAGCUCGCUCUGUUCUUUAUUCCUUUGUAACAAGUACUCUCACAGACAUCAGAAUUUUGAAUGCCUGAUAAGGCUCAGGAGAGUUUGGGUAUAAAAAGGAAUGCAGGAUUAGGCCCACUUUCUGUUCUAAUUAAAAUCCAAAAGAACUGAAGCUCGGAGUCAGUCCUAUUGCUGCUAUAAAUCAAAAGUACUGUAAUUGAAGAAGAGCAGUCAAACACACUGGGCUAACCCUUUGCAUCUUCAAAGUGUUCGGCCUGGCAGAGGAGUCCUUAUUCAAGCACGUCAAGGUCACCCUGUGGCAAGCAGUUACAAUUGCCAGUUACCUCUGCUGUUAAAUGUUUUCCUGAAUGUGUUGAAUUUAUUCAAGUGUUAAAAUAUAUUCCCAGCACUCAAGAUUAAACCUGUAUUUUUACUGCUUUCUGAGUAGACAUAAGUAAACCCUGUGUAGUUUCUCAUGAUCAGAAGCACUGUUCUGCAACUCUUGGCCAUGAUGUCUCAUUACUUCCUUGACCUGCCUGUGAUGAACCAGGUGAGGAGAAGUCUUUCUGCUGCCACUGACCUUGGGGGCAGACACUGCAUUAAAAAUCAAUGUACAGUAGUACAAUAAAGGUAUUUUCUAUUAGGUGUUCAGCUUCA